UGCAAGUGCACGUGCAAUUUGUGAAUGAGAGCUAGGAACGGACAGUUUGCCGUCUUCGCACUAUUUAACGUGCUGUUUAUCAACAAAUCUGAGUCAUGAAUGCAGCAGAUGAAAGCAAGAGUUUGAUUGCUGGCAUAGCCUGCAGGCUCCCGAAGUCUAGCAAUUUACAGGAAUUUUGGGAAAAUUUGAUUGAAAGUCAUGACAUGAUAGACACAACCCGGUUUCCUGAUGGAUUGGAGGGUGUUCCACCACGGGCUGGCCUCAUUCCUGAUAUCGACAAAUUUGAUGCUGGAUAUUUUGGAUUUACAGAUGUAGAAGCGGACAACAUGAAUGUGAUGCUUCGACACCUGUUGGAGGUGACAUAUGAAUGUAUAGUAGAUUCAGGCCUGAAAGAAAAAACCCUUCAGGACAAUGUCACUGGACUGUACUUGGCAUGUUUUCUGCCCGACACUGACCCCAUUGAAACUACGAAAUACAGCAAGUCAAAACUAUGUACCACAACUCCACUACUAACUGGCCACAUCACCAGCUACUUUGGAUGGAAGGGGCCAGCCGUAUCGGUGGAUACAGCAUGUAGUUCCAGCCUCUCGGCCCUGGAAAUGGCGGAAACUGACCUCCGAACUGGCCGCUGUCAAUUUGCUGUUGUUGCAAGUGUUAAUGUGAUCAUCAACCCGGUGUACCUACAGCAGAUGGCCAUCUUGGGCAUGCUUAAUCCGACGGGUGAGAGUAAGGUGUUUGACAGGGAUGCAGGGGGCUACGUCCGAGCUGAAGGAGUGGCAGCUAUCAUACUUACCAGGCGAGAGACAUUAUGUAGAAGGAUCUAUGCGACCCUGGUAGAUGUAAUGACUAACUGUGAUGGAUACACACCAGAGGGUAUUUCGUUCCCCAAUGACCUUACCCAGAAGAAGUUGCUACAAGCCAUAUACAAGAGGGCAGGCGUGGAGAGUGACCAACUUGCUUAUAUGGAGCUUCACAGCACUGGAACAAAGGUCGGAGACAAAGUAGAAGUUGGAGCAGUGACCGAUGUUUUGAGUCCAGGACGGAGUACUCCUCUUCCUAUUGGAUCUGUGAAAGGAAACAUGGGACACUCGGAGGCCACAGCAGGAAUGGCGAGUUUGAUGAAAUGUCUCCUUGUGGCUCGCCACAGGAAAAUACCACCGCAGCUCAAUUAUGUCAACCCAAAUCCGAGGAUCCCAGCAGUUCAAAAAGGAAAAGUGGAAAUCAUCAACCAAGUAACGCCUCUAAAGGAUGGAUACAUUGGGUUGAACUCUUUUGGAUUCGGUGGUGCUAACGGACAUCUGAUCUUGAAGCCUUAUCGCAAAGACAGAAAGGAGAAUGACCAGAAGCUAUGCCUACUACCUUACAAAGCCCGAACAAUGGAAGAAGUGGAAGCUAUUUGCAAAUUGUCUGAGUCAGAUUUGUCAUCCAGAAUAGACAUUCAUGGCCUUCUGGCUGGCUCUAUUUUGUCACAUGAUGAGAAGCGGCCAAUCAAAGGCUACUUGAUCUCAAGCAGAGACAGAGAAGAAAUGGUUUGUGGGUGGACUGUGGUAGAAGAUCAAUGCAAGACCAAGGUCGGAAAAAUUGGACUGUUCCUUCCAAACUUUGUAUGGGAACCGGUCCUGAUGGACAAGGAUAUCCUGGAUAUUCCUGGAUUUUUGUCGUCACUACAGAAAUCACAACAGAUUUUAACAGAGAAACUUGGAUGGUCGUUUUCCUUGGUGGACAAAAUAAGAUCUGAUGAGCUACUCACAACUGUGACUGCUGAAAACUUGUGUUUGAUGAUUGCUACACAGAUUGGUUUGAUUGACUGUAUAGAAGAGUGUCGUGUUCCCAUUUCCUAUGUGUCGGGGAGUGGCCUGUCAGAGAUAGCUGUGGCAUAUGUGGACGGGUGCCUUACUCAGGAGCAGUGUUUACACGUGGCGCUAGUUCUUGGGAAAGCUCUUCAGGAUUUUACUGAUAAACAAGAACUACCUGACAAGGUCUACAAAGUCCACCUCCCUCUAGAAAUGGUAUACCUACUUGGUCCAAAGAUCAAGGUUCUGGCCAGUCCCUCCAUGGAAACAUCCAUAAUACUGGUCAACGCACAAUACUCCAACCAGAUUCUCAAGGAUAUUCACGAGAAAGGGGGAUUUUACAAGGAGCUACAGCAGAAGUUACCCUUCCAUAGCCACUACAUGAUGAACUGUUUCAACUCGGUCUUACACACUCUGGAAGACAUCAUCAGAUACCCCAGACAGAGUUCCAGCCGGUUUGUCCAGAGGAAGCAUGACUUCUUGCCUGGCCUGGAAUCGAGAUCUGUGGCUUUUAGUGCCAAGUAUCUGACGGAGGUGCUUACUCGAACGUGUCCUCCCUUCAAAGCUGCCAUCCCCGAAGAUAUUGUUAUGGUCAAUAUUAACUUCAACGGCCAGUCUGAGGAGGCGGAGACCAUCAUUAAUGCUGACUCAGAGCAUCAACUGACAAACUUACAACUCGAGUCUAACCCAGUCACAAUGCUCCGAGCAUUAGGAGAAAUUUUCCUUUACGGCCACGAUAUUGAGGUUGCACACCUGUACAAGACAGAUUUCCCGUUGGAUGUAUCAGCGCCAGCACUAAGUCCGUUGAUUCGCUGGAACCAUGAUAUUUCCUGGUACAUCCCGGAAUGGCACGAGUUUUUUAACAAAGUGAAGGAUGUCGGCUUACCAACCUAUAUCAUUGACACAAAAAAUACGGAGGAUAUGACCACACCCAUGGCUCUGCUGGUGUACCACACCUGGAGGGCCAUUACCCAGCGGCACAAGGCCCUGACAAAGGACAAAAUAGUUGCGGUAGAGAUUCAAAGUUUAGCUGCACAUAAUGAGGCAGUGUGGAGUGCAGACUUAAUAUCCGGGGCUGCCAUCAAUAUCCAGGAGCUACAACAAAACUUUACCAUCACAAAAAAAGGGGUUGUUCUGCUGACAGGAAGUUUCAAGGUUCAUACAGAAAAUAUAGAAUUACCCAGAAUUCCUGGUUUUGACCUUGACAUCAAUCAGAAUGUGGACCCUGUCCGUGAUGACGAGGAGGAGAUCCAGAAAACUGAAAUCCUAUGGGAGGAUAGCUGGCUGGAUUUUAUCAAUACAGCAUUGGAAUUCACCAUACAGUCUCUAGUGGGGCCGCUGACUCGUGUUAUCAUCCACCCAGAAGGCCACAGCAAAGAGGUGGAGAGCUGUGCCAAUAUCCUCACAGUGGCCGAGAGGGUUACAGGUCUAUGUAAGGCCGGUAGUGGCCUUGUCUUCCAGACGUUAGUUACACAGGCUCAACGGGAACUCCAGGCUGGUCAUUCAAGGAAGGUGAACAUAUCUGAUGGAGAGAACACACUGGUCAACAUGGCCAUGGCCUACGGCGUCCAGGGCUCUGGUCAGUCGUAUGACCAGGUGCUACUCUACCAGGGCACCAAUACUGUAAAGAACACGAACGUCAUAGGGGUCGUUCUGAUUACAGAUGAGGAGACGGUGUGUCGUGAGAUUCCUAUAGACAAGAGACUGGAUCAGGAGGAAAUGCAGCAGUUAACUCCAUACAUCCUGGCUCACUACAUCACGACAACCGUGGCUGAGGUCACAAGGGGAGACAAGGUGCUGGUCUCCCACCCUAUAGACACAGUGGCUGUCUACAUCAUGGCCAUUGUAGAAGAACUAGGAGGUGUGAUAUUUGUGUCCAGCUAUGAUGCUGAAAUAAGACAGAUGCUUGACCGAGCAUUUCCAUACGCUCGAGUCCUUCCAGCCUCUAGCAUGAUGUCCAACGUAAAAUCAGUUACCCAGGGCGAGGGAUGUGACAUUUGUAUCAAAUUCACCAGUGGAGAAUUGGACGAGGUGCUAUCCCUAGUCUCUCUCAAUGGGAAAAUGAUCCAGUGCUCCCCAAUGCUGGACAAUGAAAGCUUGGACCUUUCCUUCCUUUCAAAAAAUGCAGCAUUAAAACUGCCCACCAUGACGGAGGCCUUCAAAGUCCUGAUGGAGAAGAGUCUGGAGGAUAUUGAUGAAAUGCUGUAUGACCUCCGUCAUGGCAAUGUUGUCAAGCUGACGUCUGAGGGUUUUCCAGAGGCUAAGGGUUUGCUGUAUGGCCUUGAGGAACACUCCAGUUUUGUCAGCCCUGUGCCAUUCCCAAAGCUACUGACAGUGCUGGAAGAACCACGUAUUGGUCUGAUGGAGAGUUUUGAGGAAAUGGUGAUGGCUGAUGUGAUGGCAAUGGAGAAACUCCACAACUUUGUCAUGUCAAAACCCAAGGAUUACUCUCUGGCAGAGAUGGGACAUAACUCCUCCCAGGGUGGUCUGAAUGCUGCCAUGAAUCCCACACCGGCUUCUGGCAGUACAGCGUUUCCCUCAUCUUCACCAGGUAUAUGUGUUGUUUCUCUAAACAACAUCAGCUUGGAAAGCUCUCCAACUGGACCACCAACUCCCCAUCCCUCAAAAAUCAACCUCAAACCCAAAGUCGAACAAAAGAUGACGUCGACCCCAAUGAUCACCAUCACAGAGUCGGAGGACAAAGUGGAUAAUCUUCACGAGAGUUACAUAGAGCCUUGUGUUCCUGUCCCAACAUCCAUGUCCAACAAGCUUCAGGUCAAAGGUGCAAAGGGGCUAAAUUUCUUAUCACCACUCAGCUUGUCGGGCAUUUCAAACUUCAGACCUAGUAAGUCUAAAGGUCAACAGGUGGACCUACUGUUUGUGGGCCCACCACGUACCCCAAUGACUCCUGCGAUUCAGGAUGUGCUGACGCCAAGCAUCCAUGAGCCAACUGUUGUACCUCUUAACACCGUCCAAACCGGGUCGAAAACGGUCUUCAUGAUACAUCCCAUUACAGGCAAACUUACCCUGUUACGUAAGUUGGGCGAGAACUUGAUGGUCCCCGUGUUUGGUAUUCAGAGGACCAGUACAACACCCAGGGAUUCAAUCCACAGUGUGGCCAGCUAUUACCUAAAUGCGAUCCAGAUGAUGGAAGUACCGGACGAUGACCAUUACAUCAUUGGAUAUUCAUUUGGAGCCAUCGUUGCCAUAGAGAUGGCGAUACAGCUUCAGGCAUGCGGCAAAAAGGUAUCUGAUCUGAUACUGUUGGAUGGAGCCCCUAAUCUGCUGCAGAGUCAGAUGCAGGACAGUGAACUGAUGAGGGCAAAGGGGAAAACAGAUCAACAGAUAUCGACAAUGUUUGAGGUUGGCAGCCUAAUGAGCUACAUGUUCAUGUUUAAACCAAUAGAGAACCCAUGUCUUACCCGGAAGAUCCUGGCCAACCUGCCAACAAAGGAUGCACGCAUCGAUACAGUUGUGGACAUGACGUUUGGCAAUGUUAAUAUAGGAGCGAGUCCAAGACACACAAAAUGGCUGACAGCCAAACACAAGAUACUGAAGAAGCUGAAGGAGCCAAUCAAAGACCAGGCCAAGUAUGGGAUGGCCGACGCUGCUCAGGAGUUGAUUCGUCUGAAGAGAGUUGAAGCAGCCAGUGAUCAUAUUAAGUCCAUAAAGAUGGUGUACAACUUCAGGCCUAACCAUAACCGGAGAUUUGAUGGUAACAUCCAUUUGCUGAGGAUAAAGUCCGACCCUCUGUUCCUGACCCAUCAUCUCUCACCUGACUAUGACCUCCAUGACUGGUGUACGGGUAAGGUCCAGAUCAAGUUCUAUGACGGCACACAUGAAAGUUUCCUAAGUGGCAUGAAUGCCCCAAAUGUGGCCAAGGACAUCACAGAGAUUCUCUCCAAAUUGUGAAAAAUUGAAGCACCACAAAGGUCCUAGGAUCUCAGAAAACCAGUGUAAACAGAAAAUUGUAAGACAGCAGAAAGUCAAAGCAUAAUGGGAAAAUUCUAGCACUUACCGCAGAUAACCACAGCACCCACUGAAAUUCUAGCACAGCAGAAAAUCACAGCAACCACUGAAAUUCUAGCACAGCAGAAAAUCACAGUAACCACUGAAAUUCUAGCACA